AUGGGCUGGCUUUCCUCUUUGUUCUCAAACGACUCCUCCCAGCGCUCCCGGAAGAGCCAGGCUUUCACCUCCACCCACGAUGCCUUUUCUCUACCCACCUCUUCCCCCGUAUUCAACCCUCACCCAGACGCUUUCAAUCCAGACACCCUAGUCUCCCCCUCGCCCCUCUCUGCGCGCACACCCACCGCGUAUACGUAUCCACCCCAGGGCACAAUAGGCUAUGGAUAUGCACCUCCUUCCUCCGCCUUUGGUCCCCGACCCGCAUCGUCAUCUUUGCUGCCCACACAUAUGGACCAACUGCAUACCCCUCUUACUUCAAGUCAGGGAUACCCACCCUUGUCUAAAACCUGGGCACGCAUCCGCUCCUGGCUGAACAGGGAGUACCCCGAGCUUGGGGACACGCUAAACUACGGCAUCCUGCCUCAGGAACUGGCGGAAAUCGAAAUGCAGUUCGGCUUCGCGCUGCCUUCCGUCGUGCGCGAGUCGUAUCUCUGUGUAGAUGGCCAGGAGGCCGAAUCAGCGGCUGGAUGCUCAGAGGGGCUGUUCUUCGGAUUGACACUUUUGCCUUUGGAGAGCGUGUUGGAGGAGUGGAGAUUUUGGCGAGAAGUAGACAAUGAUCCCAGCACAGGUGCAAACGAUGCACUGCGCCAAUCCAUGCAGUCAAUACCCCCCGACUGGAUACGCAGAGAAUAUUCGCAACGCGGUUGGAUCCCCCUCGUUGCCGAUAAAGCAGGUAAUUAUCUCGGCAUCGACCUCAAUCCUGCCGAGCAAGGCCAAGUCGGUCAGGUCAUUGUGUUCGGACGGGAUUUCGAUACCAAGGUCGUUCUCUGGAAUGGCGAUGGUCUUACUGGAUGGGCGAAAUGGCUAGCAGCAUUUGCAGAAGAACUUGAGAGUGGUGAAGGAUUUGAGAUCGGGGCAACAGAUGCCAGUGAAGGAAGUGAGGAUGAAGUGGGCUAUGAAAGCUAUUUUUACGAUGGUCAUGGUCGGGGACAAGGAGACGGAGGUGGAGAUACUGGUUCUGGGGGUGGUCUACGUUACACCGGUGAAUAUCGUGGUUGGAACGUGUUGGAAGCAUGGGCGGAUCGGAGUCUGCGAAGAUGGCAUGAAGCCGGUGUCAUCUCAGCGGAUAUAAUGGCGCCUGUCGCAGAGGACGAUGAUAGACAAGAGCUAGACAUAGUCGAGCUCAGUAUGCAAGGGCCUGGUGCCGUUGAAGUCGCUAUCCCUGUCCUCACAGAGACUUCUGAGGCAAUUCCCCGUCCUACACCUGAAGCUCUCGGUCAUCAUUCUGGCCAAGCAGGCCCUUCUAAUCGUACAGAACCGGUCCCAACUAUCUCAGUUACUAAACCUCCUGCACCCCUACCUGUUACUCUUCCAACUGCUUCAGACAUCGCACCACUACCCUCACCUCCUAAUUCUGCCCAUUCUUCCCUAGAAGAUUUAGAGUCGGGACGUAUCAACGGACUACACGGUUAUUCAGAAGAUGUCGGCCUAGUAAGCUCUACAAGAAGAGUGGGCAAAUCAAAAUCCCCUAUUCGACGCGAAACAUCAGAAACUACUGGUUCUGCUCUUCCUUUGUCAUCAUCACCACCACUUCUGCCAUCUACACCUCCUAAAACGGCUUCCCCACCACCAAUUAUCCCUGAUCUUCUCGCUGACCUAAGUCCUGAACUAUCAACACAAUCUUUUAAACCAUUGUCAGAAGUUUAUUCAGAAGAACUGUCGAAGGCAUCAGAAAUGAAGUUGGAUGCUGCUGAAGUCACACCGGAGGAGGAGAAAGAACUGGACACCACGAUCAGAUUAGUUGGCGGAGGAGGACAGUCUGGAAUUGUCAACCAAAAUUCUAUCGUCUCUUCUCCUGUGGAGGAAGUGGUAGAGCCUGUUCCUGACAGUGAUGUAGUCUCCGUAAACUCGGUCACCUCGCCUGAAGUCGAGGCUAAGAAGGGAGAAAAGAAACACAAAAAGAACAAGAGCAGUCUAGCUAAUCUCAAACGAUUAAGCCACCUUGGGAACAAGAAGAAAUCCGAUUCAACAACCAACUUGAACGAACUAGUUUCUCCCUAA